GAGGAGGGUGGAGGGACAGACCGGCGGCGGCUGGGCGCGGGCCUGACGGAGCGGGCGGCAGCCUCGGGGUCCCGGUGAGCCGGGCCGGCGCUCACGAAACGGGCCGGGCCGACGCGGCCCCCGGAGCUGUCGGGGGCCCUGGGAAACACUGACGGGCCACUUUCCUCUUGGAGUUGUGAUCGUGUUCAGGGGGCGGCACCGGGGCCGGCGUUUCUGGGCGAGUUUUCUCGCGGGGCCAGAAAGGGAGCGGCGCGCGCCGAGUGGGAGGGGAGGGGGAGCAUGCCCGGCUGGAGCCGGGCCUCGGGGCGCGCCCCGGCCGCCGUCCCCACCUCCGCCUCCUCCUUCUCCUCCUCCGUCUCCUCCUCCUCUUCCAGUCCCGCCGCCGCCGCAGCCAACAUGGCUGCGCUCCUGAGGCCAGGAGGCGGCCGCUGCUGAGCACCGCUCGGCGCCCGGGCCCCCAGCCCGCCCAGGCCCCUGCUCAUGGCCCUCGCGGCCUCGCGGCUCCCGGCGCGCUAGGGUUGCCGCCAGCGUUCGCCGCCCCGAGGCGCCCGGGGCCCGUCGCCGCCCGUCCGCACGCCCGCCGGCCUCGGGGAGCCCGGUAGCUGUCCGGCGGGGCGGGGCGGCCGCCACCAUGGAGCCCCAGCGCCGGGAGCUGCUCGCCCAGUGUCAGCAGAGCCUGGCCCAGGCCAUGACGGAGGUGGAGGCCGUGCUCGGGCUGCUCGAGGCCGCGGGAGCGCUGAGCCCCGGCGAGCGGCGGCAGCUGGACGAGGAGGCGGGAGGCGCCAAGGCGGAGCUGCUGCUCAAGCUGCUCCUGGCUAAGGAGCGGGACCACUUCCAGGACCUGCGGGCGGCGCUAGAGAAGACGCAGCCUCACCUGCUGCCCAUUCUCUACCUGAACGGCGUCGUCGGGCCGCCGCAGCCCGCCGAGGGCGCGGGCUCCACCUAUAGCGUCUUGUCCAUCAUGCCCUCAGACUCAGAGAGCAGCAGCUCCCUCAGCAGUGUGGGCACCACUGGGAAGGCGCCAUCCCCACCGCCCCUGCUCACUGAUCGGCAAGUGAACGAGAAGGUGGAGAACCUGUCCAUUCAGCUGCGGCUGAUGACCCGGGAGAGGAAUGAGCUCCGGAAGCGCCUGGCCUUCGCCACCCACGGGACGACCUUCGACAAGAGGCCCUACCACAGGCUGAAUCCAGACUAUGAGAGGUUGAAGAUCCAGUGUGUGCGGGCCAUGUCCGACCUGCAGAGCCUGCAGAACCAGCACACCAACGCCUUGAAGAGGUGUGAGGAGGUGGCCAAGGAGACUGACUUCUACCACACACUCCACAGCCGGCUCCUGAGUGACCAGACCCAGCUGAAGGAUGACGUGGACAUGCUGCGGCGGGAGAACGGACAGCUGCUACGGGAACGUAACCUGCUACAGCAGUCAUGGGAGGACAUGAAGCGUCUCCAUGAGGAGGACCAGAAGGAGAUUGGUGACCUCCGGGCCCAGCAGCAGCAGGUGUUGAAGCACAACGGGUCGUCAGAAAUUCUCAACAAGCUGUAUGACACGGCCAUGGACAAGCUGGAGGUGGUGAAGAAGGACUAUGACGCCCUGCGGAAGAGGUACAGUGAGAAAGUUGCCAUUCACAACUCGGACCUGAGCCGUCUGGAGCAGCUGGAGGAGGAGAACCAGCGCCUGCUGAAGCAGACGGAGAUGCUGACCCAGCAGAGGGACACGGCCAUCCAGCUGCAGCACCAGUGUGCCCUCUCCCUGCGGAGGUUUGAGGCCAUCCACCACGAGCUGAACAAGGCCACGGCCCAGAACAAGGACCUGCAGUGGGAGAUGGAGCUGCUGCAGUCGGAGCUGACAGAGCUGAGGACCACACAGGCGAAAACCGCCAAGGAGUCUGAGAAAUACAAGGAGGAGAGGGAUGCAGUGUACAGCGAGUACAAGCUCAUCAUGAGUGAGCGUGACCAGGUCAUCUCUGAGCUGGACAAGCUGCAGACCGAGGUGGAGUUGGCUGAGUCCAAACUUAAGAGCAGCACGUCUGAGAAAAAGGCAGCCAGCGAGGAGAUGGAGGCACUGCGACAGAUCAAAGACACAGUGACAAUGGAUGCUGGGAGGGCCAACAAGGAGGCCGAAAUCCUUCGAAAGCAGUGCAAGGCUCUGUGCCAGGAACUGAAGGAAGCCCUCCAGGAGGCGGAUGUGGCCAAGUGCCGGCGAGACUGGGCCUUCCAGGAACGGGACAAGAUCGUGGCGGAGCGGGACAGCAUCCGGACACUCUGUGACAACCUGAGGCGGGAGCGGGACCGGGCGGUGAGUGAGCUGGCUGAGGCCCUGCGCAGCCUGGACGACACUCGCAAGCAGAAGAACGAUGUCAGCCGGGAGCUUAAGGAGCUCAAGGAGCAGAUGGAAUCCCAGUUGGAAAAGGAGGCCCGGUUCCGGCAGCUGAUGGCCCACAGCUCCCACGACUCAGCCAUUGACACAGACUCCAUGGAGUGGGAAACAGAAGUUGUGGAGUUUGAAAGGGAUACGGAGGAUAUUGACUUGAAGGCACUUGGGUUUGACAUGGCAGAAGGUGUGAAUGAGCCUUGUUUGCCAGGGGACUGUGGCAUAUUUGUCACUAAAGUGGACAAAGGAAGCAUAGCUGACGGCCGAUUACGGGUCAAUGACUGGCUGCUGAGAAUCAACGAUGUGGACCUCAUCAACAAGGACAAGAAGCAGGCCAUCAAGGCGCUCCUCAACGGGGAGGGGGCCAUCAACAUGGUUGUGCGUCGGAGGAAGUCCCUGGGCGGGAAGGUGGUCACACCGCUGCACAUCAACCUGAGUGGGCAGAAAGACAGCGGCAUCAGUUUGGAGAAUGGAGUGUAUGCUGCUGCUGUGGUGCCUGGGAGCCCGGCUGCCAGAGAGGGGUCCCUCGCUGUGGGAGACAGGAUUGUGGCCAUCAAUGGCAUUGCACUGGACAACAAGUCUCUGAAUGAGUGUGAGUCUCUGCUGCGGAGCUGCCAGGACUCGCUGACCCUCUCCCUCCUGAAGGUGUUCCCUCAGAGCACCUCAUGGAGUGGCCAGAACAUCUUUGAAAACAUCAAAGACUCUGAUAAGUUGUUGAGCUUCCGAGCACAUGGCCUGGAGGUCCAAGCUCAGAAUAAGCGGAACUUGAUGCAGCACAACAACUCCACGCAGACAGAUAUCUUCUACCCCGACAGGCUGGAGGACAGGAAGGAGUUGGGCCCCCCAGGAGGCAGCAGCUCCUUCCUGCAUAAGCCGUUCCCUGGGGGACCCUUCCCUGUCUCCCCUCAGGCCUGUCCCAGCGCCUCCGAGCGCAGCCUUAGCUCCUUCCGCUCAGAUGCCUCUGGGGAGCGUGGCUAUGGGCCGGUGGACAUGCGCAACAGGCGGCCGCUGCUGCCCUUCGAGACCGAGGUGGGCUCCUGUGGGGCGGCAGAGUCCGCCCUGGACAAGGCAGAGUCUGAGAACACCAACAGCGGCGGGACCUGGCCCAAGGCUGUGCUCAGCUCCUCGGCAGGGCCCGAGAAGCUCUCUGUUUACAAGAAGCCAAAGCAAAGAAAGUCUAUCUUUGACCCUAACACUUUCAAACGCCCCCAGACGCCCCCCAAAAUAGACUACCUGCUCCCAGGCCCUGGGCCUGCCCAUUCCCCCCAGCCCUCCAAGAGGGUAGGACCUCUGACUCCCCCUAAACCACCCAGAAGGGGUGACUCCAUGAAGUUCCAGCAUAGGCUGGAAACCAGUUCCGAGUCAGAGGCCACUCUGGUGGGCAGCUCCCCAUCCACCAGCCCCCCGAGCGCCGCGCCACCCGACGUGGACCCUGGGGAGCCCAUGCACGCCUCACCUCCCCGCAAGGCUAGAGUCCGCAUUGCUUCCAGCUAUUACCCUGAAGGGGAUGGCGACUCCUCCUACCUGCCAGCCAAGAAGUCCUGUGACGAGGACCUCACCUCCCAGAAGUUGGAUGAGCUGGGGCAGAAACGCCGCCGGCCAAAAUCUGCUCCCAGCUUUCGGCCCAAGCUUGCUCCAGUAGUGAUUCCUGCUCAGUUCCUGGAGGAGCAGAAGCGCGUUUCAGCCAGUGGAGAACUCUCCCCAGAUCUCCAGGAGUGGUCCCCUUACUCACCAGGGCAUUCCAGCCGGCACAGCAACCCCCCCUUCUACCCCGGCAGGCCGUCUGUGGGCACCGUUCCCCGGAGUAUGACCCCAAGUACCACUGUGAGCUCCAUCCUGAGGAACCCCAUCUACACUGUGCGCAGCCACAGGGUCGGCCCUUGCAACUCUCCACCCGUCCCCAGAGAGGUUGGCCCCCAGGGCUUGCAUCCCAGUGUCCAGCACCAGGGACGCCUGAGCCUGGACCUGAGCCACAGGGCCUGCAGUGACUGCUCUGAGAUGAGAGCCUCCCAUGGGUCCAACUCCCUGCCCUCCAGUGCCCGCCUUGGGUCUUCAAGCAACUUGCAGUUCAAGGCAGAACGCAUUAAAAUCCCAUCCACGCCAAGAUACCCACGAUCUGUCGUGGGUUCUGACAGAGGCUCGCUGCCGCACUCGGAAUGCAGCACUCCCCCGCAGUCUCCCCUGAACAUCGACGGCCUGUCCUCUUGUAGCCAGUCCCAGACCUCAGCCUCCACGUUGCCUAGGAUUGCUGUCAACCUCGCGGCCCCCGGGGAGCGGAGAAAGGACAGGCCCUACGUGGAGGAGCCACGUCAUGUGAAGCUGCAGAAGGGCUCAGAGCCGCUGGGCAUCUCCAUUGUGAGUGGGGAGAAGGGUGGCGUCUACGUCUCCAAGGUGACUGGGGGGAGCAUCGCUCACCAGGCCGGCCUUGAGUAUGGCGACCAAUUACUUGAGUUCAAUGGUAUAAACCUGCGGAGCGCCACCGAGCAGCAGGCCCGGCUCAUCAUCGGGCAGCAGUGUGACACCAUCACCAUCCUGGCCCAGUACAACCCACACAUGCACCAGCUCAGCAGCCACUCCCGGUCCAGCUCCCACCUGGACCCUGUCAGUACCCACUCCACUCUCCAGGGCAGUGGUGCCACCACCCCAGAGCAUCCCUCUGUCAUCGACCCACUGAUGGAGCAGGACGAGGGCCCUGGCACACCCCCGGCCAAGCAGAGCACCACCAGCUCCAGGAUAAUGGGAGAUGCCACCAAGAAGACCCCAGAGCCAAGAGUCGUCUUCAUCAAAAAGUCCCAGCUGGAGCUUGGAGUGCACUUAUGUGGUGGGAACCUGCACGGGGUGUUUGUGGCUGAGGUGGAGGAUGACAGUCCUGCCAAGGGCCCUGAUGGCCUUGUGCCUGGGGACCUCAUCCUCGAGUAUGGUGGUCUGGAUGUGCGCAGCAAGACAGUGGAGGAGGUCUAUGUGGAGAUGCUAAAGCCCAAGGAUGGCGUCCGCCUGAAGGUGCAGUACCGCCCCGAGGAGUUCACCAAGGUCAAGGGCCUGCCUGGUGACAGCUUCUACAUCAGGGCCCUGUAUGAGCGGCUAGCAGAAGUGGAGCAUGAGCUGAGCUUUAAGAAAGACGACAUCCUCUAUGUUGAUGACACCUUGCCCCAGGGCACAUUUGGGUCCUGGAUGGCCUGGCAGCUGGAUGAGAACGCCCAGAAGAUCCAGCGCGGGCAGAUCCCCAGCAAAUAUGUGAUGGACCAAGAAUUCUCCCGGAGGCUUAGCAUGUCUGAAGUCAAAGAUGACAAUGCUGCAAAGACGCUCUCGGCAGCUGCACGCAGAUCCUUCUUUCGAAGGAAACAUAAGCACAAACGCAGUGGGUCCAAAGAUGGGAAAGACCUCCUUGCCUUGGACACCUUUUCUAAUGACUCCAUUCCACUCUUUGAAGAUCCGGUGAGCCUUGCCUAUCAGCGGGUCCAGAAGGUGGACUGCACCUCCCUGAGGCCCGUCCUGAUUCUGGGGCCGUUACUGGAUGUGGUGAAGGAAAUGCUGGUGAACGAGGCACCUGGCAAGUUCUGCAGAUGUCCCCUUGAGGUGAUGAAGGCCUCCCAGCAGGCCAUUGAGCGGGGUGUCAAAGACUGCCUAUUUGUUGACUUCAAGCGGCGGAGUGGCCACUUUGAUGUGACCACAGUGGCUUCCAUAAAGGAGAUCACAGAAAAGAACCGGCACUGUCUCCUGGACAUCGCCCCCCACGCCAUCGAGCGGCUGCACCACAUGCACAUCUACCCCAUCGUCAUCUUCAUCCACUAUAAGAGCGCCAAACACAUCAAGGAGCAGAGAGAUCCCAUCUACCUGAAGGACAAGGUGACUCAGAGACAUUCCAAAGAGCAGUUUGAGACUGCUCAGAAGAUUGAACAGGAGUACAGCAGAUACUUCACAGGAGUCGUCCAGGGAGGAGCCCUGUCGAGCAUUUGCACUCAGAUCUUGGCAAUGGUUAAUCAAGAGCAAAAUAAAGUCCUGUGGAUCCCAGCCUGCCCUCUAUAGAACACGGUACUGGAGACAACUGCAAGCUCAGCCGCCAGCAUGACCACCUGGUUCAGCUCUUUUUUAGUGACUAAAGAUAGAAGCCUCUCUCUAUAUAAACAUGAAGGGGAAGGAUCCAUGGACUAGGACUCCAGAAGCACCUCCUUUGUAGACAGAGGGCCACAGAUGAAUGGGAUCCAGGCCCUGGCCAGCAGACUGCGUUCCCCUCACAUAUGUGCUUUAAGACAAAGGACUUUGAGAGGGGUUCAGCACCAACCUUUCUUGUAGCCAGCUGAUCAGAGAUGCUGCAAAGAAAACCUUUCAGAUCACAAGUUUACAAGCCUUUUCUAAGUAUUUGGUUGUUUAUGUUUACUUGAAUCGCUCCAUGUUGUUGCUGCCCAGCUCCUGCCCUUUCGUCACUGUUGCUUUGGUGUUGGUUUUGUGCCUGUUUUCAGCAAAACCACUCUGGAACCUCGCUGGGGGCUGCUUUGCUUUGGGAGGUUCUUGUUGACGGGACCAGAGCUUUGACAAACUUCCUGCUCCUUGGUGGUGCCUCUCCUGGAAGGGCCUGGCGACUGCACAUGCUUCAACCAGUGUAGUGGGCACGGAACCAGUGCCUUUGUGGGGGCUGUCUCUCCAGCGGCAGCGUUCUCCUCUCCUGCACCAAGGAAGGAGACUUUGGCCAUCUUUCAGAUUUGUCCCUCAGAUUUUGCCUCCUGCCUUCCUCACCCUGUCACUUCUUCUCCACUUGCUCAUUAUUCCAGCAUUCUCUCUGGUCCUCGAAGCUUUAUGGGUUCACUUACAAAGGUAGUUCCGGGCAGGGUGUUAGGCUGGGGCUGAUGCAUGUCACUGGGUCCUCUUUAGGUUCUCUGAGUAGUGACAGCUUUUACCAGUGCAGAUUUUGCAGGGAAAUUCUUACACGCUCUAGAGUGGGGCAGGCACAUCAACUGUUUUGAUAUGAAAACAUUCGUGUUUCAGACUUUGAAUAGAGAGCACUUAUGGAGGCUUAAGGAUUGGUAUGGUCACUGUCAAAACUCUCAAGAGAGGAACUAAGAUCUAUCUAGUCUUGGCUCCAGUGCUCACAGCAUGAGCAGUUCUCCACAAGAAUGUCUUUGUCUGGGUUUGUUUGACUUUUUUAUGCUUCUGACGCUGGAUGUCUCUGGCUGAAGAUUUGAUGUGGUUCCUCCUUAAACUGUGCGUCCUGUUAAUUAUAGGUACUGUACGGGGCUCCGGGUAAGUGUCACUGGGGUAGGACCUCUAUUUUAAUACUGUUCCUAACAUUUCAUUUUACUAGCAAGAAAUCUCUGAUUUCAUUUUAUUCUUUGUAAUUCUAGACACUAGAUUAUAGUUUAGCCUUUACUGACAUUUUUAAAAAAGGGAUAUAUUUUCUUGCACAGUCUCAGUCCUCAGUGCUGCCUUUCAUUCAUAGGUACACGUUCUGGCUCAGACAAGCAAGACCAACCGUAGGCUCUUGGGGCGUCACUCAUGUGCCCCAUGGGGCUGCCGCUCUGAGCGGCAGGCGGGGGGGCGCUGUCAUGGUACAGUGUGCACAGGUACUGUUCCGACAGACUGGGAUUUUCUGUACUAAAACCUUCCUUUGUAUCAAAAGUUAAACAGACUUUAGUACAAUAAAUAAAGGUCAGUUUCUGUAA